AUGUUCUCCAAAAGACCCUUCAAAGGGCCUCGGCGGUCGACUAGCAACCCCACAUGGGACAACCCACCCACUGCAGACCCUGGGCAUCAAAACCACAAGACUUUGCCGUCUUUGCCCAAUGAUUCGCGCACGUCUUUACAACCUGCGCCAAAGUCAGACGCGAGCAUGCGAUACGACGUUUCACCAGUUGGCUCGCCAAUCCCAGAAUAUGGUCGGCGGGACAGCGAAAGUAGCUACUGUGUGUCGCCUGUGGGGGAUGGAGAGCAGUCGCAUCGCUACCCAGAGUCCCGAGCGACUUCAUCGCCAAGUCCGGUCCACAGGGAAUCCCAUGUGGACACUCACUCCCAAGCUCACCUCCAACCCGUGCAGGAGCCCCGGCGCUUUAUCUCUGGUAAGCCGACGCGUUGGGAUGAUUUCUCAGGCGAAUCGGCCACAGACGAGUUUGGGCGAAUCAGUCAAGUGAGCCCGGGCCCCCGCAGUGUGCCACUUCACAAACCGACAACCUCACAUUCAUCCAAUCUAUUCAAGCAACUCAACCCCAAGAAAAAGAUCUUUGCGGCGCGAAACCGCAUAAGCAGUAUCUCCAAGGCGGAAGAUCUACCAAAGGAAUCCUCUACUAGAAGCCGAUCGUCAUCACGUGGAUUCCCAGUGGAACAGCAUUCCUCCAGACGCAACGGCGGUGUCUCUGACGCGAGUCCGCAGCUUGAGAAUCUCUCUUUCGUCCCUACAACCGUGACCACGAUCAGCUCUGGUGGAGCUUCGGCCUCAAAACGAGUAAGACCGGCAACAGCGGGUGCGCCUAUUCUACUACCCCAGGAAGAUACGCCAGGAUUCCAAUUUGACGACGAGGUUGCAAGCAUGAUGCUCCCAGACGAGCCUGCAAGCCGAUUCAGCGCGACAACGUGUGAUACCACCGCGCCUAACAGCCUGACCCCGAGUCCGCGAGGAAGUUUCCAAUUCGACAAUCGCUCCACGGACAAUUUGUCUACCAGCUCGAUCAUGGACCGACGACGCCCCAUUGCCCCCGUCGGUCUUCCAACCUCGAAAAAGGUCGUCAAUAAUAAUAAACCCCUCCGGAAGCCUACUCCAUCCCAAGUGGCGGAGCAGGGGGAUCAAUUGGCUGUUCAGCCGGCCCCAGGUCCGCCCGAGGAGCCCAAGGAUGCCCAGGGUCGCAUCGAGGCUAUGGAAGCCAAGCGAAAUGACCUCUCUCAACGUCGAUUCAAUUUGGAGACGGUCAUUGUUGAAUUAAUGAAAGUCUUCCAGCCCAACUCUAUCGUGGUGUACGACUCGGCCGCCAAGGCUGAAGUUCAGAAGAGCGUCAAAAGCAUGGAGAAUGAGAUCGCCGACAUCAAGAAGGCAGAGCACGAUCUCGGCAUGAAAAUCGCCCGGGCUUGGCGGCGAUUGGACGAAAGGGAGAACGCUGGCGAUGGAAACAAUCUCUGGGUCAAGCGCGUCACCAGUUAA